UGUUUGGUCCGAUCGGACCCUAAAAAUACAGCCCGAAGUGUCAGAUAGUCCUGUUAACGCGUGAGAAAAUCUCGACUUGCGGAGAGAGGGGAACUGAGACUGGGAGACACAGAGAGGGAGAGAGUCCUGGAGAGACAUUUCUUCCUUUCUCUCUCUGGGCUUUUCGCAGGACUCCAGUGGGGAACAGCGGAGAUUACAGCAGCGGCGGCUGGAGGGUGGGGGGGUCGGAUGCCGAAAAGGAGCGAAGACGCGCGGCGGGAGCACCAGACAUGAGUCCGAGGUGGUGGACUGAAGACUAUGCUGGACGCCAUGGAAGUUCCAAGUCAUGCUAGGGAUCUCCUCCUGCAGCUCAACAGCCAGCGCACCAAAGGUUUUCUGUGUGAUGUCAUCAUUGUGGUGCAGAAUGCGCUCUUCAGAGCUCACAAGAACAUUCUGGCCGCCAGCAGCCACUACUUGAAGUCCCUGGUGGUCCACGACAAUCUCAUCAACCUUGACCACGAGAUGGUGAGUCCAGCCGUCUUCAGGGUCAUCCUGGACUACAUCUACACCGGGCGCCUCAGUGAGGGAGACCCCACGUCCCCCACUGAACCCAAUCUAGGCGCCGUCUUGGCAGCGGCCAGCUAUCUGCAGCUGCUCGACUUGGUGGCCUUGUGCAAAAAGAAGCUGAGGAGAAAUGGGAAGUACCCUCCCCGUCCCGGUCCAGCAUUUCUACCUUACCCAAAAAUGGGGCCCAGCAGCAUGGGCUUAGGCAGGUAUAGGGUUUCUACUCCUGUGAUUCAGUCCUGUCCUCCGGGGGGGAUUCUUAACACACCCAGGGCGCCGUCGCUGGAUGAGUUGGUCCCCCAUCGAAUAACCAUCCAUAGCGGCGAGCUGUAUGCCCCCACUUCCAACCAGACCUCACAGGUGUUCCCAUCUCUGCCUGCUCAACUGGGACGCCCAGGCCAUGCCGAGAGGAACUGCUCCCCUAGCUUCGGCCUCGAUCUUUCCAAAAAAAGCCCCACCUCCCAGUCUCAGCACACACCCUCUCAAACCCAUAUGAUAAACAGUCACAGCAACGAGGAGCGGGAUGGAACUCUAAGUGGAGCCACUAGUCCCAUUCAGGGGGCAAACCAGAGAGCUUUUAUGUCAGAAAAGAUGGAGUCUGUCGACCAGGCAGGUUCUCUCACCCCUCCACCUUUUCCCCACCUAAAUCAGCCCCUAGCCCCCCACCUGCCUCAUCUACAUCGCUCAGGAUCCCAGGGGACAGACCGCUACCCCUGCCCCGCCAGCCCUGACACCCCGACAGAAAGUAGAGAGGCGGCAAGAGACAUGGGAAACAUCUACCGCUGGGUGAAACACGAGCCCCUGCCGUACGCUGGGGAAGAAGAAGACGAGGAUGAGGAUGAAGAGGAAGGGGCUGAGAACGGGGACCAGCAUCACAAUCAUCACAAGCCAGGGGAAGAGAGCGAAGGCGUGGACGACAAGAGUGGCUCUGGCACAGAGGAGACGGGCAGCAGCGAGGGCCGUCCGUCCCCUACCGGCCCCAUGGGGAGAUUCCACAUGCCGUACGAGCCCGAGAGCUUUGGGGACAAUUUGUACGUCUGCAUCCCCUGCGAUAAAGGCUUCCCGAGCUCAGAACAGCUCAACGCACAUGUGGAGACACACACAGAGGAGGAGCUGUACAGCUCUGUUGGGGAGAUGGGGAACAACAACAACAGCGGCACCAAAGGCAUGGGCGGCAACACAAACGGUUACGGAAGCCUCAACAGCGGCAAUACUCCAAACAGCAUGUCACAUCUGGAGACCAAAUCUGACCAGGGCCUGAAUUCGGGAACCAUCGGGGAGAUGAUCCGACCUUACCGCUGUUCCAACUGCGACAAGUCUUAUAAAGAUCCGGCCACGUUGCGCCAACACGAGAAGACGCACUGGCUGACGCGGCCUUACCCCUGCAGCAUCUGCGGCAAGAAGUUCACACAGCGCGGCACCAUGACGCGCCACAUGCGCAGCCACCUGGGCCUCAAGCCUUUCGCCUGCGAUUCAUGUGGGAUGCGCUUCACUCGCCAGUACCGCCUCACUGAGCACAUGCGCAUCCACUCUGGGGAAAAGCCCUAUGAAUGUCAGGUGUGCGGGGGGAAAUUUGCCCAGCAGCGCAACCUAAUCAGCCACAUGAAGAUGCACAGCGGUGGGGGGACCGGAGGCGGCCUGACGCCAGAUGGGAAGCUGAAGCUGGACUUUGCAGAGGGCAUAUACCCCCUGAGCAAGUACGCAGCGGAGCACCUGGGGCUGAAGCAGGAGAAAGCCAACGAGCUUCUCAUUCAAGCGCAGCAGCAACUGGUGGCAGACGCAAAGGCCAUCGAGAGCCUCUACCCGCUCACCAAGCUUGCGUCUGAGCAUCUGGGUCUCACCCAUGAAAAGAUGGACAUCAUGGGCCAACCACUUCCCCCUCCUCCCCAGCCAAUCUCUGACAGCCGAACCAUCGACCGCUACUCGCCCAGCUAAGACAUUCGAUAUGUGAAGGUGGCAAUCACAGACAGGUCUGCGCACACUCACAGUUUGCAGUAUUUGAAAGCCAUUCACCUCAACUCCAUAUCUUCCUCUGCACCUCAGACUCAGGCCCGAGUGGAACUGGGUCUGCUCAUGCACACCGAACUGUUUAGACUGUAAGUGCCUUUUUAUGCAUCUAAUGUAUCUUUUUAAAUCCUCCUUUUUAAAGGAGCUCCACUUUCUGUGACCAAGGGACACUCGAUGAAAGAACUUCAGUAUUUAUGUACAGUCUAUGCAAACAAACAUGUUUUUUUUCUUAAUUCCAACCAUUGAGCCAUAGUGACUAAGUCAAAACCAAAAGGAAAUUUGUUUAUUUAUUUUUGUAUAUGAGUAAAUCCAAAGAAAACAUGUUGCAGAGAUACUUUGCAAUCUGACCCUAAACCUGUGUACUAUUCAUGUAUGAAAAGAAAAAGAAAAAAGCACAAAAGGAACAAUAUUCAGGACUUUUUUCAAUAUUCAGAACUGUUCAGGUCUAAACAACAUCAAGAAAAAAGCAACUCACCUGGAUUUUUUAUUAUUAUUAUUAUCAUUUUUUUUUUGUACAAUCUUGGGGUACGGGAUACUUUCUGUGUCUUGAUUCUUUGCUUGUCUCCCCCUUUUAUGUGAAAUAGCUGAAACGUAAUGCAUUUCUCUAUGCCUUUUUUUUUUUUUUUUUUUUUGCCCCACUCCCAAGCGAGGGGCGGGGCUUUGUGUGGAUAAAUGCUCAUCCCUUAUGUGACAGCAGCGGUGGCUUAAUCGGCUUUACACCCGGCUUUCAACCACUCUAGAGCUAAAGCUUCCUCUGCAGUGUGACAAAUGUUCCUUAGCUUUCAGCUGUUUUGGAGAUGCACUGAGCAGAGCCCUGUGAUCUCAUGAGUGGGACAUGAUUGCACAUACCCAGCUGAUGACACACUAAUCCCUGUUCAUGACGACUCGCGGGUGUUGGUUUGUGCUGUUGUAGAAACAGAGAGGCAGAGAGGCAGAGAGUCAGAGAGGCAUACGCCGGGGCUGAAUUAGUGAUGAAGGAGUCUGUCACUGACUGACAGACAUUGUUUCUAUUUUAAUAAUUGAGUGUGGUCAGAGGCCUUGUUGUGGUCGCUUCCUUAUAUUCCAGGGGCUGCAUGAUGGAGCACUGAGAAACAGUGCCCCCCUCCCCCACUUGUUACCUCAUACUUCCAGUCGGUGUAAAGUAACAGGUGUCUAUGUAAAAACUGCAAAGCUUAGAGUUAAACUAUAUCAAUUUGUUUCUUCUGUAAGGAUGACUGUGCCAUUUUUUACUCAGUCUAAUAAUUUCACGAGGGUUCUCAUUAGCGAUGCAAAUCUUUCGAUUCUAUUUGAGUCCAAUUUUCAUGGUCGCGAUACAAUUCAGAAGUGAUUUUUGAAAGAGAAACCAAUUUUUCCACUCAAACGGUCCGGAGAUUGUAUUUGAAGGAUCUGCAUGAUAAGAGAAAAAUAUUUAUUUAAAGCAAUUCUUUAAUAUUCCAAACUGCAACAAAUCUAAUCAGUUUACAUUCACACAAAAGUAGGGAUUGUGCAUAAAAUUCUGCAACAUAAAUAACCAGCACUAGGUUAGCUUAGCUGCAUGGAUUUUCUGCAAAAAAAAAAGAUCAAAGAAUUAUUCUUAAUACUUCCUAGUGGCAUUUAAAAACAUUUUAAAAUCAAUUUUUGAGCAUUUUGAUUUGAUUCAGAAUUCCCAGGACUAGGAAUUGUGAUUCCUAAUAGGUGCAUUUUUUCCCCCUGCACCUCCAACUCUCAUUCUGGCCUAUGGCUUCUCAUCCCUCUCAUUUUCCGGCAUUGCUGUGGCCCCUUGCCUUAUAAGCACUCUACCAAUUUAGAGGGAUGAUGUUCCCCUUCGCACACAGCAGGCUGCUAAUCUGUCAGCAACACAAUCAGAAGAAAGCAGCCUGUUGUGACUCUUCCCUGAAAAAGCCGGUGGGGUGAACAAGCUCUCCCCCAGCUGCUGUCCUCCAGUAAAUCCCUGUGAAAUCCCACUUUCUCCUGGACAAUUCGCACUUGCUCGCCGGCAUGAUGUCCCAUUUCACGCCUGCCAUCUCACUCCUCUGAUCCACUGUAAAACGUUACAUCCGAGCCCCAAGUGUCUCCUCUUGCCUCUCUGCCUCCCCCACGCCGCCGCCUCCAGCCCCACUCAAGCCAAAGUUGAGAUAAAAACUUAUUUCCUGACCGAGGAAUUUUUCCAACUUGAAAACACAACGAGCACUUAAAAAAAAGUUGUGUUUUGAAGGCUUUUUUUUUUUUUUUUGUCUUUGUCUGCAAUUCUUUCCACCAAAGAAUAUGUCGGCCUUUUUUUUUUUUUCUUUCUUUUUAUGGUUAGUCCUUGAUUUAGAUUAGGGUAAAAAAAAUAUAUAUAUAUAAAAAAUUGACCACUAUAGUGCCAACGCCAACCUCUGGAGGUGAAUGUGAAGACUAAAGCCAUAAAUACACUGUGACAGAAGUAGUUAUUCUGAAAGCCUUAAAGUAAAAAAAAAAAGAAAAAAAAAGUGCCUCACUUUUCUGAAUAUAUAUAUAUAUAUAUAUUUUUUUUUUCAAAUGUAACAAUAAUUUAAGGGCGUCUCUUCCAGUAGCAUAUGAUCAUAUCGAGCAUGCUUUAUCUUGUGACUUUCUGUUCUUGUCUUCUUUUUGAUUUGUGGCGCACGUUAAAAAAGAAAGGAAAAAAAAAAGACUGGUGCUUACCUCAGGACUGAACCCAGCUAAGAUUUUGUAAACCUUAGCCCAAAAAUAUCAGCCUCACCACCCCCAUGACAAAUACACCUUUUUCUCUACUAAUGGGGAAGCAGUCCCUGUUUUUAAACCUGUGGUUUUUCUUCGUGUGUUUGAACAUUACCUUUCUUAUUAUAGUUUUAUGGGUGAAGAGAUUACAUGUGAUGUUAUGUUUUGCUUUACAUAUAUAGUCGCUGUCGUCCUCAAGGAGGCGCUUCGUUUGACAUGUUUUACUUCUACACCAUUAGAGGCUGUAAAUGUUUGUGAUUUUUAAUAACUGGGUAUACACGGUUUGCGUUUUUAUUUUUUAUUUUUCUUUAGCCACAUGUACGGCGAUAUCUAGGUGACAAGUGCUGUGUUUUGAAAUAUCUCCCCCACCCUCAAAGACGUGAUGCGAUGCCUCAUCAGCACUUCCUCAAGCAGACCGGCAGUAUCUCGGAAACUAACCUCACGUCGCUCUGCCCCCUUUUUCUCCUGAAGAUGUUGAACUUUUGACACCGGCCAGACAGAGGUCGCGCUCGCGCAGAGGAAGUCGGCCUGUUCGUACUCAGUCACCUGGUGCUUUCAGCUGAGCUCCGUGACCAAAAAGUCUAAAACAACUGCUCACUGGUAGAAAAAAAAACAAAACAAAACAACAAAAAAAACACGCUCCACAGACAAGUGCAUGUGUCGUAAAAAUGUAGGAACAAGCGGAUGUGAGUCGUGGGAAUUCGAGGCUCCUUUGCUCUCUCUCAUUCACUGGCUCAAGUGAAAAUCCAACUCCUUGCCAGCACCACCAAAAUAACACGAUACGUUUCCACUUCAAAUCUGCGCUGAGCGGAAACGGAAAGAUAAUGCUUGAAUCGUUUUUUGGGGGGGGGGUUUUUACAGUAUGCACUGUUUGAAAUUUUCUUCAUGUGCUUCAACGUGUGCAGCAGAGUGCGUUGGCAGAGAAUCUAUAGGGCACCUAUUUACGUGUCUAUUUGUCUGUCACCGUGCUAUCUGGGCAUAAGAUGAGCUGUGUUAGUGCGUGUCCUGGGAAUAGAUUUUAUUUUAUUUUUGCUGCGAAGGAGAAGAGCUGAGGAGCAGGAAGUGAACUUUUGGCUGGUGAGCAGCGCUGAGCAGGAUGUGCCGUGUGUUUCUGCUCAGAAGCAGAUAUGGGGAGGGAGAGAAGCGGGGGGAGCGCAGCGGGGUGGACGUGGGCCAUUGUCUCAGUAUGAAAAGCCUGUUCGUACUUCUGAAGCCCUGGAUUCAGAAAAGCAGUGGACUGUAUCUUCUCUGUUCCUUCCUCUUAUUUGCUCUUUGGGAAUAAAAGUUCUGCUCAGUGUCACCGUGGGUGUGUACUUUAGGAGCUGCACAGUGACCAGGACUUGAGGGAUACAUACAUAUAUAUAUAUAUAUAUAUAUAUAUAUAUAUAUAUAUAUAUAUAUAUAUAUCCCUCAAGGGAUAUAUAUAUGCUGUUUGGGAUGCUGUUUGUAUCUGAGAUGUUACCCUAUUAAUCUUUACAAUGUCAUGUUUUAUUGCACUACAACCGUAAACUUGAGUGCAUCUCGUUGGAGCAGUGCUUGACUAUAAAGUGGGAUGAGGAAGGUCAUAGUUUUCCAUUUUUUUCAUUACCGAAUAAUAAUCUGAAAAGUGUGGCUUGCAUUUUUAUUCAUUUUGAUCUAAUUUUUGCAAACUAGCUAAUUCUUUGUUUUCAAAGCCUUUGUACAACUGAUGUCCUGUAUUAUUAUCCUCAACAAGGGUUUUUGUUUGGACUGGGCCAGUUUAACCCUUGAAUGUUUUCAUCUAAGCUGCUUCAUUGUAUUUUAGGGUUUAUAUUUAAGAUUGUUUACUUGCCCAGUUGUUGGUUUUUCAUCAGAAAAUAGAUUACAAUUAUGAAAGUAGCCCUCUAGCAUAGUUUAUCUGUAUUCUAUUUAGAAUUAAGUUGCUAAAUACAAAUGCACUCCACACUUUUUAGAUCUUCAUUUUUGGAUGUUUAUAGACUUUGCGUAUUUUACCCUUCUACUUCACAGUUAUUCACUACUUUGGGUAAAUCUGUCAGAUGAAAUCUCAAUUAAAUACAUAAAAUGUUGCAGUUGUAACCUGACAAAAUGUAAAAAAAGAAAAAAAAAAAGUGGGGUGAAACAGCUUUAGCGUGGCACUGUAAAUUAUUUCAUGUGGCUCCGAAAGUAAAAUGUAAAUAAGUGAUAAAAAUAUGGGCAUGUUUCUGUUUCUCUGUGGCUGUCUAAUUUAGCCACAGUUAAAUUAUUGGAGCCUUGUUUCAAUUUACUGGUGUAGCCCCAAGGGAUUUUAUACCAUUUGCCUUCGUUAAUGUCAUUGAGAUGAGAAACCAACACAGAAAGCCUCUCUGGGCCACCAUAAAAGUUUAGAUUAAGAUGCUCUAAAAUUUAUUUAAUAGGUUCUUAAGAACUGAUUUGUAGUCAUAUAAAGUAGAAAAAAAAUUAAAGGCUGAGGCCAUAUUAGAGGGCUCUCUGCCAGUUUUUGUAAAAGAAAGUGUUUCUCCACCAGCAGAACAGGAAAAGAUUAUGUGACUCUGACAAGCUGAGUUGUCCUGUUCUCCUACCGCUGUUUAGACUUUUAUUACUUUUAUUAGAUUUUACAGCGUUUGCCAAAAAGACUAAAGCACUUAGCAGACACGACAGAAGUAAAAGCAAAACUAAAGUACAAAUUUCAUGACUUUCACACGUCAAACUGUGAAACCUAAGUAAGCUAGGCCUCUGACUAAUUUGGCAUUAUAGUAAAGGUCUUCUUUUGUCUGGCAUCUCUUGGCACUUCUGUUCAUUUCUAUGUGAAUUUAUGCCUAAAUGUACACUCCUGAAACCGGCUGUUAGCUUUAGCAUUUAUUCAACAAUGUAGCAUGUAAACAUUUUCUCUACAACCUGAAGUGUUCAUUGGUAGUACGGGGGUCAGAAACUCUGCUAGCAAACUGACUUUAGUAUCGGUGGUGUCGCUAAGUUAGCUAAAGCUUGACACAACGUUUUUAAAUGUACUCAAACAAGAUGGCAUAAAGCUGGACUAGAAUGUGCUGUCCAUUAGCACUGACAUCAUUAGCAUCAGGGAUAAGAAGCUCAGUUAGCUAGAAGGCCUUACUUUAGAUCUAUCUGCAAAACUAGCUAGGCUAGGUCACAGACAAAAACAAACUUACAUUCUCGCUCUAACGCAGAUAUUCAUGUCAGAACUAAGCUUUUUUUUUUUACCUUAAUAUAUUCAACUUAAUGUAUUAAUUGAUGCUACAAUCCAUAUAUCAGCCUUAAAAUCCUAUGUAGAAAAGUCCAGCUCAUAAUCAGGUUGACUGAACCAACAUUUUAAGUUUAGCUACAAAAAAAAAAAAAAAAUCUAGGCUUCAUCAAAACAAAGUAAAAUUGUUAUACUGAACACUAUAUUCACAAACAAAAAAGUAACAAAAAAAUCCCUUUUUCUAUUUACACCAAAGUCUUGCUGCAUUCAUAAUACUGUCUUCUACUCUUAACAGAUCUCAGUUAUCUGAUGCAUUCGCUUGUUGCACCUGUCCACCUACAGGUGUUACCUGUCCCGCUGCUCAGAAGCACAAGGAACAAGACUUUUUUUAAUUACCAGCAACAUUUGCUUUCCCCCAAACUGCACUUUUCUUAGACGAAAAAAAAAAAAAAAGGAAUCGCCGCAUUGUGAUAUUUUUCAAAAACUUUUGUUACGCCUUUUGCUUUCCCAAGAAGUCCCACGACCACCCUCCCUCUGGCUCUCCUCUCUCCCCUUCCUCCCACCGGUGCACAGCUUGGCUGCGCUGCCCUUUUACCCUGACGGAGCACAGCUCCCCUCUUCACCUCACUCUGCGCUCCUCCUCCUCUCCCGUUAACUUGCUUAACUUCCAGCUGUUUUUCAUGCAGAAGAUGACUGUUGUCUAAAUGUUUACAUGAAGAGCUACUUUCUUUUUCUUCUCUCUCUCCCCCCCACCUUCCCCUUCCUAAAAUGAGCUUUGAUGCGUGUUUGAAGAAAGUGCAAACUCUUGGAGCCAAAAAAAAAACACGAAAA